AUGUUCAAGAACAUCUUCUCCCUCUCCUUCUUCGUCCUCUUCGCCCUAUUCUUGUCCUCUACCGUAUCCGCUGGCCUCAUCAACCGAGUCAAGCGUCAAAACUACUAUGGUCAACCUGGCGUCGUCAAUAACCUGGUCUCGGAUCCAUUGAUUGGAGGAUCCACGUCUCUUGGAUGGGCUCAAGUUCCACAUGUCGCCAGUCCAAUGUUCUCGCCAGUGUUUGGAAGAAAAUAA